UUCCAAACGACCAUUCCAAUUAUACUCUAUACUGCGUAAUUCCUCGUUUCUACCCACACCGUGUAGCACAGUAUGUGCAUUUCGCCUUCUCUACGCGUCUUAGCAUCUGCAAUGCGGCUUGUCCCGUCUUUCCUUUCUUAAUAACCCUUUCCUAAUUUCACUCCUGUAGCCCUCUCUCUCUCCCCACUUUUGCUCUCUUUUCCCCGGCAUGGCCUCUACUUGUUCCCAGAUUCCCUCUACUAGCCAGCAAGGAAACACUGCAACAUUCACUGCCGCCCUUCGGAGCCUUGUCAACAACCCCGACUUCAGUGAUGUUAAGUUUGUGGUGGGAAAGGAGCGUCAGGAGGUGUUUGCACACCGCUGUAUUCUUGCCUGCCGCUGUGAGGUUUUCCAUGGGAUGUUCAGCCAGCAACUCCAGUCCGACAGACCCAGGGAACUGAUGGACAUUCCUGUUGUGCUCUCCGACGUGCAGCCCGAGGUUUUCUUGGCUGUGAUUGAGUUUCUAUACACCAACUGUGUAACCUUAAACAAUUGUAUUGCUCUGGAGGUUUUAACUUCAGCUGUGGAAUACGGACUGGAUGAUCUUCGAAAGGUGUGUCUCUAAUUCUGGGUGCAUGAUUCUUACCAUUAGCUCACC